UUAAAAGAAGGAAUUCUCUAUCUAAACCAAGUUGAUGAACUCCUUUCCACAAUCCACACCUCUCUUUAUAAAUACCUUCCCCCUCUUUUCUCUCACAAAAAGAUCCUCUCUCUCUCUCCAAAAAAAAAAAAAGAACAGAACUUACUAGUAUAUACGGAGUAAUUAUAUGCUCUGUUAAGAUAAUGUACACAAACGGUGAUUUUGAUCCUCAAUUAGCCCUGCUCGAUUCAAUACGAUCUCACUUGCUGGGCGACCCCGAAGUCCCUUCCUUCACUGAGAAUUGGGGAGAAUUGUUACCUCUCCGGGAAAACGAUUCCCAAGACAUGCUUCUUUACGGCCUCCUCAACCAGGCGGAGAGCGUCUGGUGGCUUCCGUCGCUCGCGCCGGAGGAAACCCCCUCCGCGUCCUCCCCCGUCAAGUUGGAGCCCGAAAUGGAUAACUUGGAGGGAAGUUUUGGUUUCCAGGCGGCGGCGGCGGCGAUGCCUGCGGUGGUGGCGUCGAAGGGGAAGCAUUACAGGGGAGUGAGGCGGCGGCCGUGGGGUAAGUUCGCGGCGGAGAUCAGGGAUCCGGCGAAGAACGGGGCCCGGGUUUGGCUCGGGACGUUCGAGACGGCGGAGGACGCCGCGUUGGCUUACGAUAGGGCUGCUUACCGCAUGCGCGGGGCGCGUGCGUUGCUCAAUUUCCCCCUCCGGGUUAAUUCCGGUGAACCGGAGCCGGUUCGGGUUACUUCGAAAAGGUCGUCAUCGGAGCGAUCCUCGUCGCCAUCGUCGGAGAGUGGGUCGCCGAAGAGGCCAAGGAAGGUGGUGGCAACGGCGGAGCCGGCGGUGGUGGUCCGAGUUAAGGUGGAAGCAGGGAGUGGGUUGUAGCCUUGGAGGGUAUAGAAGUUUCGGCGGUUCCACGUGGCGAACACCUGUUGGUUGGUGAUGGUGAUUUGGUAUCCAUGUUGUACACAUUGCAUUAGCUUAAGGAUUGUAAACUUAUUUUUCUUUUUUGUUUGGUGUGUUUUGUUCAUUUUUUUGAAUUUUUGUUAGAUUCGCGUCAUAUUUUCUGAAUUAAUCAUCUGCCUCGACGAGAAGAGUAUAUAUUACAAAAUUAUUAUGGAAAGCAAAAGAAAAUUCACUAAUGAGGAAAAAAAGUAUCAA